GCGCGAUCACGACGGUUUCGCGGUAUUUUGAGCCCCAUUUGUUUUGAUCGAGGUUUUAUAUUUUUAAAUUUGCGGAAAUGGAGUCAAUGGAAGUUGAUGAGAAUAUCCCUCAGCUUUACCAGCGCACGCCGGAGGACGUAAAGGCCAUUGUAAAGCAUGCGAAGCUAGACGAGCGCCAGUUGACCCAACUGACCCAGGCGCUCUAUUUUCCCUCGGCGGAUGUGGAAUCGGAAAAUCUGCGACUGCUGGAACUGGACGGACACAUGCUGGAGCAAAUCCGCGACGGCCAGACGCUGCACUUCAAGGGCGGCCAGAACGAAAAGGUGGUGCUCUGCACCGACGAGCGGACGUACGACGUGAAGGGGGCCGAGAUCUCCAACAGCCUGCUUUUGGUGCCGAACCUAAAGUUUGCGGCUGCCACCAGCACGUCGCCGCUGAAGAGUCCGCGCACGGGCAACGCCAAUGCCUCCCUGGAACGUAGCCUGAACGAUAGCACCGAGGAUGAGCUGGAGGUGCCACGCACUCUGGAGCAGCGGUCGGUUCUCAAAGUGUUCCAUGAGUACUUUGAGUGCCGCGAGAUCAAGCCGCGCUUCCGCAAGCUGGGAGAACUGCUGCAAUUAACACGGUACUCGGGCCCGGAGAACGAGUUCUGUAUUGAGCGCAAGCUGCUCUUCAGCCUGACCCAGCUGCUGGACACGGUGCAGUGCAGUAGGGCGCAGUUUAUGGACGGAUUACGGCAGUAUCGAGCCAUGCAACUAGACGGCCACAUGCGCGUAAUGGAGUACGAGUACGAGUACAGGACUAUAAGCCUGAUGCUGGGACUCAUCAGCGAAAACUCCUGGGCCCUGGACGAAGUAGAAAGGGAGGAAACUAUCAGUGCCCUGAUCGGUAUCGCUCCGGAGGCGGUUGUUUCUGGACUAUUCGAUAUCUACACCAUUCCCAGCGAACGAUGUCCGGACAAGUUUCAGUACCAGGAGUCACUGGUGGCCCGAAUCGUGGCACAAAAUAUUUUACAGCCCGGACUGCGGUUUCGCAACGAGGAAUUCAUGCGCACGUGGCAGGAGGCCCUGCCCGAGGGUAUGACCUGCCAGCUUAGCUAUCUUCGUGGCCUCGGCAUCUGCGACAAGGAGGGCGCUCAGCCCUGUAUUCGCUCGCUGUCCGAGGAGCAGCUGCCCACCAGCAUCAACGAUCGCAUGAGGGCCUUGUUCAAGACAAAGCAGAAAUGGACGUUGGAUGAAAUGGAACCAUACAUGGAAUGCUUCACCACACCCACAUUAUCCGUAUCCACGCUGCUGGCUAAGCAUGCCCGCUCUCUGACCGAAGGGGGCGUGCGGUACUACGUCUCAAAGCAUUAAUUACUUACAAUCUGACAGCCGCCACCAACAUCUGUUAGCCAAAAUCAAACUUGAGCCUUUGCCAAUUAUUCGCUCAUCCGCUGUCAAG